AGUACCCACGCGGCACUUCCACAAGGACAAGGUGGAUAGCGAGCCCACCGCACGUCUCACUCCCUCUCUCUCUCUCCGACGACCGGUGGACUCCCGCCGCCGUCAGCGCCGCCGUCACCGCCCUGCGCUAGGUGCCGAGGCCUUCGUCGGUAUCUUCGCCGGCGACGGGCACUCACCAGGUACAAAGCCAUGGUUUUUCUUGAGGCAGAGAUGUCAUGGAAUGUGCUGAUCUCACCUAGCCAGCUGGACCGCAAGGGCCUCCUGCUCCGCAAGGCUAUCAUUGUGCGUCUUCUGGAGGAUGUCACAAACAGGAGGGCUUCCAAAGAGCAUGGCUACUACGUUGCCGUUAGUCAGCUGAAGGCGAUAUCUGAAGGGAAAGUGCGUGAGCUAACUGGAGAUGUACUGUUCCCAGUCUCAUUUACCUGCAUCACACUGAAGCCUAUGAAGGGUGAGGUCAUGGUUGGCCACGUGGACAGGAUCCUCAAGCAUGGUGUGUUCCUGAAAUCUGGACCCGUGGAGAGCAUUUUCCUGGCUGAGAAAUCGAUGAGCGACUACAAGUACAUAGGUGGGGAGAAUGCGAUGUUCAUGAACGACCACUCAAAGCUGGAGAAGGACACUGCCGUGCGCUUCAAGGUACUGGGGUUCCGCUGGAUGGAGGCUGACCGCCAGUUCCAGCUCCUUGCUACGAUUGCUGGUGACUUCCUUGGGCCACUGUGAACUGCUUCCACAGGUUAAAUGGGUUCCAAUGUACAUUGCUCGUUAGAUGGUGGAUGGAUGGGUGGAUCUGAUGUGUGGAAUUAAACUUUGCUGCCAGUAGUUUGCUCUGUAGUGCCUGAGACAUGGUAGGUCUUUUAGAUGCUGAUACCGGUGACAUUUGGCUCUGGUCUGAAUGUAUCAGUGUACUUUGAUGAACAGUGGUUGUCCAUGGAUGUCCCCUUUCUAUGCUUGCUUGGAAGCUCACGCUA